AUGUCGUUCUUUACAAAAAAUGUAGGGAAUUUCAUAAAAAUAAGAAAAUCACAAUUUGGAAAAUUAAAAAGCUUUGGAUCAUAUAACAAAAAAAAUUAUAUAUAUAAUCAAUAUGAUAAUUUGUUAAAUAUAGGAAAUAAAAAACCUGAUGAAAUAAUCAAUUUGUUAGAUCAAUUGUGUAAAGAGAAAAGGUGUGACAGUGAAUUGAUAAAAUGUAUUACAGAUCAUAUAUACGAUUUUAGUGACGAUUUUUUUUGUCCCCAAUUAAUAAAAGUAUUAGAAAAUUAUGUAAAAUUAAAAUAUUCUGAUGAAACACUAUUAGGGAUUGUAUGUAAUAGAAUAGAAGACUUAGUUAGUUUAAAAUCAUGUAUAAGAAUAAAAAAAAUGAUAAAUAUUUAUAAACAAUUAAAUUUUCACCAUCCAAUAGUUAAAAUACCAUUACUAUCUCAAUUAAAUGAUAAUAUAAAUGAAUAUAAAAAUGAGCUUGUUUCAAUUGUUAAAAAUAUAUCCUAUUUAUAUAUUGACAAUUAUACUACCAAUAAUAUUCUGAAUAAAUUAAUUGUAAAUUCAGAAUAUUAUCAGAAAGACCUUUUUACAGUUUUCGAAGGAGUAAGCAGAUUAAAUGUAUGUGAUAAUAGUAAUACAUUUCUUGAUAUAGUUAAUAAAAAAAUAAAAUAUUUAGAAGACAAUAAUAUAUGUUGUAAUUUAAAAGAUUUUAUUAAAUUUUUUAGUGCCUAUAAAAGAUUAAAUAUAAAAGAGUCUACCUAUUUACAUUCUCAAUUUGAAAAAAAAAUAAAUAACAUAAAAUUAAUAUCACCAAAUAAUAUUUCUUACAUUUUACUCGCAAUGUUAUCAUCCAAAUUUAAUCAUCACAAACUGUCUGAAUUAGUAAUAAUAAACAUUGAAAAUUAUGUAGGAAAUUUUAACAAUAAAAUAGUGAAUAAUCAAUAUGGGCAAGAAAAUAUCCAUUUUUUUAGUUCGGAAAAUAAUGAAACAACAGAUUCAAAUAAUUCAAAAUCAAAUUCAAUAUAUAAUAAAAUAAUAGAUUACAAAAACAAUUUCAAUAUGAAUAAUAAGACUGACGAUUUCUCUAAUUUAGAGAAUAACAUUAGAAAGAGUUGUAAUCAAUAUAUACUAAACUAUUUACCAUUUCAUAUACUACUUUUAACAUUACUAGAUCAUGACAAUAGUAGCAAUGUUCUAACUUAUUUAAUUGACAUAUGCAUAAGUGAAUGUAUAGAUUUAUAUGAUGUAUCAAGUUUAAUAAAGAUUUUAUAUUCCUACACACUUUUAAGCAUAAAUAAAAAGAAGAACAAAGAGUAUAAAAAUAAUGUUGUAAAAAUAUUUUCGACACUUGAAAAUGUUUAUAAAAGUGCUAGUACUAAUGAUAUGAAAAUUUUAUAUAACUGUUUUUUAUAUAAUAAAGAUAUAAUUGAAAAAGAAGAAAAAUUAAAAGAUAUAUUUUCAGAUUUAUUAAAUUAUGAAGUUUUAACAUUAUUACCAUCUUCUUAUUCAGAUUUAAAUUUUCAAGAUCUUGAAAUUGUCAAAUAUGCUAGCUCAUCUUAUUUAAAAAAUAAAAAAAAUAAUAAUAUUUUUUUUUAUCUUAAUAAAAAUGAUUUUUAUUCUACUAAUGAUUAUAUUUAUGACAAUUUAAUUGUUAGUGUUAAAUUCAAAAUAGAUCUCCUCAAAAAAAAAUUUGGACAAAAUGAACUUAACAUAAUUUAUGAAAACCAGCCCCUAAAGUGUUUCUAA